AUGAUCUGCUCGCGAGUUACGAUAACUGCUCAAAAGUCAAGGGAAUCAAGGGAAAAGACUCUCUGUACGCGCGGAGAGAUGCCGUAUCAGCAUGGAACAUUAGAAUGCUUAUGGACAUCACAAGUUACGCGAUCACUGUACCACAUUCUUUCUGAACAUCGUGUGCAUGUCGCAUGUUUAUCGGAGAUCUAUCUCCCCCGCUACGGAUCUCAUGCAAAGCUGGCUCCGAGCAGAUACUGGCUGCAUCACUGUGGUGUUUCGGAUAACUUAAAGCGAAAUGGCGUAACGAUUGCCAUAUCUGAAAAAAUUCGAUCCGCUCUGAUUGAAUGGAAGACAAUAUCUCUAUCGAAAAAUAGCAUGGUCAUAAUCGGAGUAGACCGAAAUGAGCGUGUAGGUCACGAUGCCACCCAAAUAAACUCGGUGAUUGAUAAAUCUGGCUUGUGGUCCGAUGCACCAAUGGAGAGUGCCUUCUUCGCUUUGCCUAACAACAUGGGCUUUUUGUUACUAAUGCAUGCUUCUGGACGUCUAGUCAUCUGGAAUUCUUCGGAUAACUAA